AUGCAAAUAUAUCCAAUAAAUGGAGAUGAUUCUCCUAUAAAUGAAUUUACAUCUAGAAGUGGAAAUAAGAAUGGAUAAAAUUAAAUGAAGAAAAUUCAUAAUGCUAAAACUUCUAGAUAUUUGUAUUAGAAUAUAUAAUGAAUAGAUUGCCACUUUAUAAUCAACCACUUUCAUCUGAAUCUAGAAAUACAUUGUCAAGAACAGACUCUCAUCUAAAGUUUAGUUUUGUUAGUCAUUCUUAGAUAUAAAGAAGAAAUGCAAAAUGUGAAUUUCGAUAAAUAAGUAGAAAAUUAAUCCAUGCAAUGAAUUUUGUGAAAGAACUUCGUUAAUAUGCUGAAUAAUUGAAGUCAUAACAUAUGGAAUACAAAUAUCGGCAUCGUAACUUUUUUCCUUUUUAUCCAGAUGAUAAGAUAUAUAUUAUUUGGAUUAUUUUUAUGAAAGGAAUGCAUUGUAUAGCAUCAAUAAUAUUGCCAUUUUAAUUAGCAUUCUAAGUAUUAUAUCUAAAAAUAUUAGGGGAGUAGGAACAUUAUUAACUCAAAUACUUACUGUUAUAUUUGCAAUUGA